GACGAUAUUGGUGUGGACGGACACAUCCCACCCUCCCGUACCGGCGAACGAGACGACACUCCGCUCUGCUCGCUCGUACUCAGGCGAGAUGGAAGCCGCGUCCUUGCCGCUAGCCACCUCCCGCUUCCUCUCCCCGCCAGCGACUGCGGCGUCCUGCUCCCGCACGCGUAGCGUCCCUUCUGCCCGCACCGCCAAUCAGGCACUGGAAGCACGUAAAGUCCCUAGAGCCCAGCGGCCGUCCCCCCGGCGCAACGCCGUCGCUGAGGUCAAGGCCGCUCCCGAACCCGUCGCCGCCCUAACCAGAUUUGAGGAUGUGCUGCAGACACAGGACUGCAACGUAAUCUUGCGCCACUUUGGAGAAAUCAGGCGAUGGGAUGUGCUUUCCAAGGUCUUCGGGUGGAUGCAGGAGCAUGAGAUGCUCAAUAUUGCGUCUUACAGCAGCUAUUUCAAGUACCUGGGGCUGAGCCGUAAUGCUGCAAAAGCGCUGCAAGUGUACGGUUCCAUCCAGGACCAGUCGACCAGAGUCAACGUUUCUGUUUGUAAUUCUCUUCUCUGGUGCUUGGUGAAGAACGGGAGGUCCGACAGCACCUUCAAGCUUUAUGAUGAGAUGAUACGAGGAGGUCUAUCACCUGAUCUCUUCACCUACAGUACUCUGCUGUCAGGGUGCAUGAAGUUGAAGCACGGCUACGCUAAGGCAAUGGAGUUGAUCAAUGAGCUCAAUUCACGCGGUCUUCAGAUGGAUAGUGUAAUAUAUGGUACCCUCUUGGCAAUAUGUGCAUCUCAUAACUACUGCAAGGAAGCUGAGGUAUACUUCCAGAAAUUGAAGGAUGAAGGCCAUAAUCCUAAUCUGUUUCACUACAGUUCCCUGUUGAACGCAUAUUCAGUAAGUUCUUAUUAUGAAAAAGCUGAGCUGUUGAUGAAAGAUUUGAAGUCUUCUGGUUUAACACCAAAUAAGGUUAUACUGACCACUUUGUUGAAGGUAUAUUCUAAAGGUGGUCUGUUUGAGAAGGCUAAGGAGUUGCUAACUGAAUUGGAAGCCUCAGGCUUUGCACAGGAUGAGAUGGCAUAUUGCAUAUUGAUUGAUGCCCUUGCAAAAGCAGGAAAGAUAUGGGAAGCAACAAUGGUGUUUAAUGAAAUGAAAGAAAAAGGUGUCAAAUCUGAUGGCUAUGCAUUUAGUAUCAUGAUUUCAGCAUUACAUCGAGGUGGUUAUCGUGAAGAAGCAAAAAAGCUUGCAAAAGAAUUUGAGGAUCAGAAUGUCACAUAUGAUCUUGUUAUGCUUAACACUUCACUUCGUGCUUACUGCAAUACAUAUGAUACAGAAAGUGUAAUGAGAAUGCUGAAGAAAAUGGAUGAGUUGAAUAUAUCACCUGAUGAUAUCACAUUUAAUACCUUAAUAAGGUACUUCUGCAAGGCAAAGGUCUAUCACCUAGCAUACAAGACGAUUGAAGAUAUGCAUUCGAAGGGCCAUCAAUUGAAUGAGGAGCUUUGUUCUGAGGUAAUGAUACAGCUAGGAGAAGCAGGUUUUCCUUCUGAAGCGUUUUCUGUGUAUAAUAUGAUGAGAUACAGUAAGAGAACAAUUUGUAAAUCUCUUCAUGAGAAGGUUUUAGGCAUCUUAGUUCCAGCAGGACUUCUGAAGGAUGCCUAUAUAGUUAUCAAGGACAAUGGAGAGUCGAUAUCUCCACGCUCUUUAGAGAAAUUUGCUACACAAUUCAUGAUCUCUGGCAACAUAAAUUUGAUUAACGAUGUUAUGAAAGCCCUAAACCAUUCAGGAUGGCGUAUAAGCCAGGAAAUCUUUGGGAGAGCAAUUCAGCGAUACAUCCAGAAGCCUGAUAAGAAGCAACUAUUGUUAUGCCUCUUGGACUGGAUGACUGGUCAAGGCUAUUCCGUGGACUCAUCAUCAAGGAACUUGCUUUUGAAAAAUGCACAAUUCUUUGGCCAAAAACAACUGAUAGCAGAAAUCCUUUCUAAGCAGCAAGCAGCUUCAAGGAUAACAAAUAAGCUCAUUGAUUAGCACAAAAUUUAAUCAAAUCGAAGUUGUUCAGAUUCAUCAUAUAAUGUUCUGGAGACAGUUUUUUGAUGAUCGGCGGAGUUUGCAACUACUUUUGUUGCAUUUGGCUUGAGAAAUCAUGGCAACAAAUUACUGAGGAAGUCGCAAUAUUUUCUUUAUCUAUUAUGAUUAAAAUUGAAGCAUCAGCAAA